AAGAAAGGUUUCUUCUACUACUUAUUUCAAACCAGCAACCAGAAAGAUCACAAAAACGCAAACAACUAACAAACACUGAUCGGAGCUUCAUCAUCAUCAUGAGUCGUGGAAGCGGAGGUGGAUACGAUCGUCACAUUACUAUAUUCUCCCCUGAAGGCCGCCUCUUUCAAGUCGAAUAUGCGUUUAAAGCUGUUAAAGCAGCUGGUGUCACCUCAAUCGGUGUUCGAGGUAAAGACUCAGUGUGUGUUGUGACUCAGAAGAAGGUCCCGGACAAGCUAUUGGAUCCAACCAGUGUUACACAUCUUUUCCCGGUCACUAAGUUUCUUGGAUUGUUGGCUACUGGCACUACAGCUGAUGCUAGGACCUUGGUUCAACAAGCAAGGAAUGAGGCUGCUGAGUUUCGUUUUAAAUAUGGAUAUGAGAUGCCUGUUGAUGUCUUGGCCAGAUGGAUUGCUGACAAAUCCCAAGUGUAUACUCAACAUGCUUACAUGAGACCACUUGGAGUAGUGGCUAUGAUUUUGGGUAUUGAUGAUGAGAAUGGACCUAGACUUUUCAAAUGUGAUCCAGCUGGCCACUUCUUUGGUCACAAGGCAACAAGUGCUGGCUUGAAAGAGCAAGAGGCAAUUAACUUCUUGGAGAAGAAAAUGAAAAAUGAUCCUGAGUUUUCAUAUGACGAAACCGUACAGACUGCAAUUUCUGCUUUGCAAUCUGUUCUACAAGAAGACUUCAAGGCCAACGAGAUCGAGGUCGGAGUUGUGCGAAAGGAUAAUCCGGUGUUUCAUGUGCUCUCAACCGAGGAAAUUGAUGAACACCUGACCGCGAUAAGUGAACGUGACUAAUGUAGAACGUUUUCAUUUUCUUCUGAGCGUAUGUUAUCAAGAAAUGGUUCACUUCCUCCUGUUUCCAUAGAGAAUUUCCUUAUGUUUGCAUUAAUGGUGUAGUUUGUGUGUUUGUAUUGGAACUUAUUUUGAUUGAAAUUACUGCUGUUUCGUGCUACUGAUUCCCUCAAAUUGCUUAGCGCACCCUCCUAUGAGAAGUUAGUAUUUAAA